GAAACCCCUGGAAUUGCCUCAUGGCUGAUAAAGCGCUGAACAUCGGCAGUACCCCAGUCCACAUUAUGUAUAAAGCUUAUACUCGACCUGUGCUUGUACCUCCAUUCGACCGGAUCUGAUGGCAACCGCUCUGAUCAACGUCCUUCUUGCCUCCAAUGUUUAUUCAGCGCCCACCAACCCUCACAAUAUGACUUGUUUCCUACCUGCUGAUUGCAACGAUCCCCGGAAUUACCGAAUGAUGUGGGGCAUCGUCUAUAGCUGUCUCCUUACUAUGUUUGCUUGCAUUUGGACGGCAGUGCACCCAGAUCUAUCACAAUCCUAUGGUACCUCGGUGUUUAAAUCGCACGUUAGCUUGAUGAUCAUUUCACUGGUUGUACCGGAGUGGACUCUGGCGUUUGCAUGGGGUCAAUUCAUGAUAUCUCAGAGAAUAUCAGAAAAAUGCGAAAUGGUUGAAGGGUGGACUUUGACGCAUUCAUACUUUGUUGUCAUGAAUGGUUUCUUCGACCCGUCAGAAGGAAGCGUUGUGGGCCCCAAUGACUUGCAGGAAUACCCCGGCAUAAUUGAGAACACCGGGGAUACUAGAAAGGUCGCAAUAACAAAGAAGGAAAUUCUCGACAGGAGCAAAAGCGAUGCGUUUUCGAAAUCCCUCAUUGUCCUUCAACUACUAUGGUUUAUCACUCAAUAUGUCGGACGAUGGGCGGGCCAUUUGCACAUAUCGCAACUCGAGACAAUGACGCUUGCGUAUGCGGCAUUAUGUCUCGUUCUUUACGUGUUGUGGUGGGAUAAACCCGUUAACAUUCAAUUCCCAAUCCAUGUGACGCAACAGUCCUCUCCGAUGAAUGUCAAUCAACCACCUAAGAGGACUGAUACAGAUCCAAUAGUGUUUGACUCCAACGAGUUGGACGCCCCCAUAUUGGCAGCCACUGGGGUGAUCUUUGGGGGAAUCCAUUGCUUGGCAUGGUCAUUUCCCUUCCCGACACACACAGAGAUGAUUCUAUGGCGGGUUUCAGUGAUAUCUAUCACAGUGGCUCCUACCUUUCUAUUAUUGAUUGUAUGGUUUGCUAGUCACAAUAUCAGUGGAAGUAUACUAGCACUUGGUCCAGUUGUUUACACUGCUGCGCGGGCCAUCCUGGUUGUUCUCACCUUCACUUCUUUGCGUUCACCUCCGCCCAGUCUAUACCAGACCCCAUCUUGGUCAUCAUUCUUCCCGCAUUUUGGAUAGCUGUGUAUGUACUGUGCCUCAG